CGCCGCCGCUGAUUGGCUGGCGGCUCUUUCCUUUGUGGCUCGGGUCAGUUCCGGUUCGGAUCGGAGAGCCGGAGCAGAACACACACACACACACCGUCAGAGCGCGAGCGGAGUGUGUGUUCGGAGAGAGAGAGAUUAUCUCAGUGUGUGUGUGUGAGAGAGAGAGAGAGUUCACAGGAUCUCCGACUGUCCGUCAUGGCGACCCCCGCGCUGUACGCCUGCACCAAAUGCAACCAGCGAUUCCCCUUCGAGGAGCUUUCGCAGGGACAGCAACUCUGCAAGGAGUGCCGUAUCGCUCAUCCCAUCGUUAAAUGCACCUACUGCAGAACCGAGUUUCAGCAGGAGAGUAAAACCAACACCAUCUGCAAGAAAUGUGCUCAGAAUGUUAAGCAGUUCGGGACGCCGAAGCCGUGUCAGUACUGUAACAUCAUCGCUGCGUUUAUCGGGACGAAGUGUCAGCGCUGUACCAACUCUGAGAAGAAGUACGGCCCCCCCCAGACCUGCGAGCAGUGUAAACAGCAGUGUGCCUUCGACAGGAAGGAGGAGGGGCGGAGGAAGGUGGAUGGGAAGCUGCUGUGUUGGCUCUGCACGCUGUCGUACCGGCGCGUUCUACAGAAGACUAAAGAACAGCGGAAAGGCCUCGGCUCCUCCCACUCCAACGCAUCAUCACUCAGCGACAAAGAACAUCGACAUCACCACCGACACAGCAGCUCCCACCACAAGCUGAGCGGCAGUCUGAGUCCAGAGCAGGAGCAGCGUCUGUGGGAUCAGAGCCAUAAAUCCUCCUCCAUCCAGAAGGAAACUCCAAAGAAGAAACCAAAACUAGAGCUGAAACCGUCCAACGGAGACAGGUACCCUCACCUGAGAGAGAGAGAGGGAGAGAGAGACACACAGACACAGAGGAGGGGGGAGGGGGGCAGGAGGGACAGUAGCUCUGUCGCUCAGUCGAUGGAUUCUGGAGGAACUGAUAAUUUUAUCCUGAUCAGUCAGCUGAAAGAGGAAGUGAUGUCACUGAAGCGUCUGCUGCAGCAGAGGGACCAGACCAUCCUGGAGAAGGACAGGAAGCUGACAGAGCUGAAGGCUGAUUUUCAGUAUCAGGAGUCCAACAUGCGGGUGAAGAUGAACAACAUGGAGAAAGCUCACAAAGAGGCCAUGGAGCAGCAGCAGGCGAAGAACAGGGAGCUGAUGAAGCAGGUCGCCGCUCUCUCUAAGGGCAAAAAACUCGACCGCAGCAGCGGCUCACUGCUGUUACCAUAGCGACGACCCCUCCCCUCCACGCAGGUCAUCACUGUGAGGAAGCGAAGGCCACGCCCCCUUCGGCUCAUUAUAGUUUAAACUUUUAUUUUUUCCUCCCUCCAUCCGCUUCUCUCUCCCUCUCAUAUUCUACCUCUCUCUCUCUCCAUCUCUCUUUCUCAUAUUCUACCUAUCUCUC